AUGAAGGAUUUCUACAACAUCCUAGGGAUUCCUCCCACGGCAACGAAGGAUGAAAUAUCCAGGAGUUUCAAAAAGUUGGCAGUAAAGUAUCAUCCUGAUAAAACAUCAGAUCCAAAACACCAUGAUUUAUUUAUCGUCAUAAACGAAGCUUACGAGACCUUAAAAGAAGAAGAUACUCGAAAGAAAUAUGAUAGAGAAAUGGGAAUAAAUCGUCUCGAUAACAUCAAUCCCAAUAUCUAUACAGGUACAAGUAAUGGAUUCCCUACCUCCAAUGGCAAAAAUUCCAAUAACUUUUUCACUCGUCAUUUUGAACUGAGGUUCAGGAGUAACGAUAUAUUCGAAGAUAGAAGGGAUACAUGGGAGAAACUUCGAAAAGAAGCAGAAAUGAAAGCUAGGAGGGAGAAAGAAAGACAGCUUCGGGAACAGGAACUCGAAAGAAUGAGACGAGAGGAACGAAGGAAAGCUGAAGAAUCAGCAAAGGCCACAAAAGCUGCAAAAGAAGAUGCUGAGAAAUUUAGGAAAGCAGCUGAAGAGGAGUUGGAUCGUUUGAAGAAUCAGAAACAAGAAGAUAAUGAUAUUUAUAGUCAAAGGAAAAGACAGGCUUAUACCGCUCGUUGGAAUCAACCGUUCAAGACAUUUUCUGAUGAUGUAUUUCAUUCUAAAAGCAGAGAGAGUCCUGACAGGCAAAAAGGGACAGAAAAGAAUGAUCCCAUUAUCAUUGAAAGUGAGAUUGAAGUUGACGUUGAAGAGCAAGAUACUGAAGAACCAGAAACUGAUGAACCCGGGAUUGGGGGGACUUCUGAAGAAUCCAAUGAAAGCAGUGAGAAUGGGAACAGUGCUAAUGAAUCACCUCCAAAGACCAACCACACACACCUGGAUGAUGAUGUUGAAAUAAUAGAUGACUCCGAAGUGAAACAAGAAUUCAAAGAGAAACAAGAGUCCCCAAACUCAAGAAAUGAGAACAAGAAACGUGAAGGAGAGGAUGUUUUGAGAGAACUUUUCAAAAGACGUAAGAAAGACCCACAAAAGUCUUUCCUUUUCGAUGAUCUCAAGGAUAGUUUGAAACCUAACAUUGAAGAUGUGGAUUUCCAGGAUCUUUUGAAUAACCUUCAACAACAAACUGGGUCUAACACCAAUGUUCAUCCAAAACAAAAUAAGAAACAGAAGGUUUCGGAAUAUUCAGACGGGACAUCCAAAGCAGAAACUCUUUUCACUCCUAUCAACAAGAAACAGUUCAAAAAUCAUACGGGUUUAACUAUGAUGGAUUUCAAUGCUAAUAGUAAGGUUAUGGAAAUCUCACCACCUGAACCUCCAAUGAUUAUUUUAUCAGGUAAUAUGACCAAACCCGUUUGGGAAGGCUAUGAAAAAUCCAUUAAGGAUUACCAAUUGGCUUUCCUCGAGUAUAAGCGUAAAAUUGUCACAUACCAAAUGGAAAGAGCCAGUAGAGAUAAGGAAUUGUUUGAUAUUGUAAAUGAGGAUUAUUCAAACUUUGAAGUAUACGAAAGAUGUUUGGAACAAGAUGCCAAGGUGUUGAAAAAGUAUACGGAGUCAAUGGUAAUAUUUCAUGAUACCAUGAAGUUGUAUAGAUGUAAUUAUAAUUGGAAAAGAAUGACUAAUAUAUUGGAUUAG